AUGGGUUACGACUACGCCCUCGUCCACCUCAAAUAUACCAUCCCACCUGCGGUAGCCCUGACUUUCCUGUACCGGCCGUUGCUCACUCGUCUCGAUGUGUACAAAAUCCUCUUUCUUGUCACCAUUGCUGUUGUCUCCACCAUUCCCUGGGACUCGUAUCUAAUCCGCACCCGAGUAUGGACCUACCCCGCCACCGUCAUCGUCGGGCCCAAGCUACUGGGCAUACCUGCCGAAGAAGUCUUCUUUUUUGUCAUCCAGACCUACAACACAUCCUUACUGUAUCUCCUGCUUGGCAAACCCGUCUUCUUUCCCAUAUACCUACGGACCGAACAGGUGCAUUUGAAGGCGCCAGCCGGUAAGAGGCCAUCCUGGAAACGGUACCAAUGGGCUGGCCAGACUGUACUAGCCUCGGGCAUUGGCCUCGGCGCGUACGCAGUGAAGACUGGGGGUCGUGGCACAUAUAUGGGAUUGAUCAUACUUUGGGCAUUUCCCUUCCUUUUUCUCCUAUGGAGUCUCGCAUAUCAGUGCAUCCUUGGCAUCCCCCGGUCCAGUUCGCUUUGGCCCAUCGCGGUGCCCACUGUCUACCUCUGGGUUGUUGAUACCCUAGCUCUGAGGCGUGGAACGUGGGUCAUCGAGACGGGUACGAAACUCGGCUUCCAUCUGUGGCCUGGUUUGGAGAUAGAGGAAGCCUUUUUCUUCCUCACUACUAAUACCCUAAUCGUCUUCGGGUUGAUAGCAUUUGACAAUGCGCUGGCCAUCCUGUUCACAUGUCGGCAGACUUUCCCCACUAUUCCGCCAUUGCCCUCCCCAGCUCUCCUGGUUCGUGCUUUACUAAAGCCUGCGUCUUCCUACGACGAGUCUUAUCUUCAUGCCCUCGGAGAAGCCGUCGGCCGACUUCGACGGAAGAGCCGGAGCUUUUAUAUUGCAAGUGGCACAUUCCAGGGCCGCCUUCGGGCUGAUUUGAUUCUCUUGUACUCCUUCUGCCGCGUAGCAGACGAUCUCGUCGACAACGCUGCAGAUUCCAAGGAGGCUCGAGAAUGGAUCCGCAAACUCCGCAUGUAUCUCGACCUUUCCUACAUGGACGUGGAGGAGAAGGCCCUACUUCAGGAUUACAUCGAAAUCAAGUUUCCUGCUGAAGCUCAAUCUGCCCUCGGAUUUUUGCCUACUUCGCGACUCUCUAGCAAGCCCCUGUACGACAUGCUGGACGGGUUUGAAAUGGAUGUUGCGUUCGCCUCGGCUGGCGACGAGACGUCGAAAUACCCCAUUCAAACGGUCUCAGACCUGGAUCUGUAUGGAGAACGCGUUGCGGGCACGGUUGCACAUUCGAUCCUGGAACUGGUCUUCCACAACUUGCCAUCGGAUGCAUCCACCGAGACCAAAGAGCGCCUCAUCAAGGCCGGGUCGAGGAUGGGCGUCGCCUUGCAAUACGUGAACAUCUCGCGAGAUAUUGCAGUCGAUGCGCGCAUUCAGCGCGUGUACAUUCCGUUGGACUGGAUUGCGGAACAAGAACUCACACCCGUAGCCAUAAUCAAGAAUCCUCAAGGCACGCGAGUGGAAGACCUCCGACUUCAACUGCUCAACCGCGCAUUCCACAUAUAUGCGGAUGCCAAAGAUGCAAUCGAAGAGCUUCCCGACGAGGCCAGGGGUCCGAUGCGUGUGGCAGUCGAAAGCUACAUGGAGAUCGGGCGGGUGAUCAAGGAAGAAGGGUACAGGAAUAAUGCUAUCCGCCCCAAUAACUGCCUGCUCAAGCUUCCCAGCAUCGAGAAACUGUCAACAAUGGCCGAGAAGGUUCGCCAGAGGACGGCAGUGAUUAUCGGUGCCGGCGUAGGCGGCGUCGCAACCGCGGCGCGUCUCGCGAAAGCCGGCUACGCGGUCACGGUCGUUGAGAAGAACGACUUCACCGGUGGAAGGUGCUCGCUGAUCCACCACGACGGCUACCGAUUCGACCAGGGCCCAUCGUUGCUUCUCCUUCCGAACCUAUUCGCCGAGGCGUUCCAAGACCUAGGCACCUCCCUCGAGGCCGAGGGCGUGCACCUCAUCAAAUGCGAGCCAAACUACCGCCUCUGGUUUGGCGACGGCCACAGCUUCGAGCUGUCCACAGACCUGGCCCGCAUGAAGAAGGAGGUUGAGAAAUGGGAGGGCAAAGACGGCUUCGAGCGCUACUUGGCCUUCCUGGCCGAGGCGCACCGCCAUUACGAGCUCAGCGUGACGCACGUCCUGAAGCGGAACUUCACCACGCUGCUCAGCAUGGCCCGGCCGAGCUUCCUCAAGCACCUGAUCGAAUUGCAUCCGUUCGAAAGCAUCUACAGCAGGGCAUCCAAGUACUUCUGGACCGAAAGGUUGAGACGAGCCUUCACCUUCGCGAGCAUGUACAUGGGGAUGAGUCCGUUUGAAGCCCCCGGAACCUACAGUCUGCUGCAAUACACCGAGUUGGCCGAAGGUGUCUGGUAUCCCGAGGGAGGCUUUCAUAAGGUCAUCGAAGCACUCGUCAAAGUCGGCGAGCGUCUAGGCGUAACCUACCGGCUAUCCACGCCCGUCUCGAGCAUCGCCCUCUCGCCCGACCACCGCCGAGCCACGGGCGUCGUGCUCGCCUCGGGGGAGACGAUCCCGGCCGACGUCGUGGUCAACAACUCGGACCUCGUCUACGCCUACAACAACCUGCUCCCGCCGACGGCGUACGCGCGCUCGCUCGCCAAGCGGCCCGCCUCGUGCAGCAGCAUCUCCUUCUACUGGUCGCUCUCGCGCGCCGUCCCGGAGCUCGGCCCGCACAACAUCUUCCUCGCCGACGAGUACCGCGCCAGCUUCGACAGCAUCUUCAAGCACCACCAGAUCCCCGCCGAGCCCUCCUUCUACCUCAACGUCCCCUCGCGCAUCGACCCGGCCGCCGCGCCGCCCGGCAAAGACGCCGUCGUCGUCCUCGUCCCCGUCGGCCACCUCACCCCGGAGCCCGACGCCACGACCACGACCACGACCACGACCACGACGGACACCGCCGCAUCAACCCCCCCGCAAGACUGGCCCGCCAUGCUCUCCCGCGCGCGCGCCGCCGUCCUCGCCGCCGUCCGCGCGCGCACCGGCGCCGACCUCGCGCCGCUCAUCGCGCACGAGCGCGUCAACGCGCCGCCCGACUGGCGCGCCGCCUUCAACCUCGACCGCGGCGCCAUCCUCGGCCUCGGCCACUCCUUCUUCAACGUGCUGUCCUUCCGCCCGGGGACCCGCCACCCCCGCGCCCGCGGCCUGUACUUUGUCGGCGCGAGCACCCACCCCGGCACCGGCGUGCCCAUCUGUCUGGCGGGGAGCCGCGUCACGGCGGAGCAGGUGCUCGGGGAUGAGGGGGAUGGGUGGGGGGCGAGGGAGGGGAGGGGGGCGGUGGUGCCGUGGGGGAGGAGCGGUGGUGAUGGUGGUGGUGGGGUGGUCGGAGGAGGGGGGAGCAAGGGGGCGAGGGGUGGCGAGGGGAUUGAUCGCGUGGAAGGGGGUGGCGGCGGUUACGUGUGGUGGCUGCUUCAGGUUGCGGUGCUGCUUUUGGCCGUGUUGGGCGCGUUUGCGCUUGCUGCCGGCGGUGGCGAAGGGGGGCUUUCGUCGGGCAGCAGCAGCAGCAGCAGCAGUAGCGAUGAUUCUUCUGGCUCGUGGUUGAAGCUUGGGAAGGAUUGGUGA